AUUGGUACUUGGCGGGUUCGAUUCCCGUUCGAUUCGGAGGAGAAAAGUUUUGCACUCGAAAUCGAGUGCUGGUGUACCAAUAUCUUUUUGUUUUAUGUGACUUCAGGCGAGUUGACCCCUGUAUCGGCCACCACCCAAACACAACACUCGCCGAAUUCAGAGCCGACCACACGACGCCUCUCGACCAGACCGUUGCAUCAUCAUAAGGCUCAAACGGAACCAAUUUCAGCGUCAGUUCCAUCGUCCACCUUCAAGAUUUUGUCGAUCUGUCGAAAGUGGUCCCAUGGACGAUCUUGGGAUCUGAGCGAUUCAGAGGACGCAGAAGGAGACGACGACGAUUCCGAUGAGUUCGACGAUGACUCGGAUGAGUUAGAGGAGGAUCUGGAUGAUGAGUGUCAAGAGAAUUGUCUAGUGAUUCGGUCCUAUCGUCACCUCCAACAACAGCUCAAUAUCCAGCAACAAUAG